UCUGCCCCUCCUUGUUCCAGGCGGGUCCUGGUUUCCGGGAGGAAUAAAUAAAGGGGAGCACACAGUGGGAAGAAGCAUGAGGAAGGGAGGCAGUUGUCAUGGAGGGCGAAGAGCCUGUCCUCCUUCCAGUGGCUGAAUAUCCAGGGGCCACUCGGGAGAGCUUCCUCCGGGACAUUUACCCCCUGAGAAAGCCAGCAGUGCUGAAAGGAAUUGAUUUGGGUCCUUGCAUGACCAAGUGGACAGUGGAUUACCUCAGUCAAGCAUCAGGAAGCAAAGAAGUAAAGGUUCAUGUUUCCACUGUACCACAGAUGGAUUUUCUCAGCAAGAAUUUUGUAUACAGAACAUUGCCUUUUGAUGUAUUUGUAAGGAGAGCAGCUGAAGCCAAACAUACAGAGUAUUUUAUUUCAGAGGACGAAAAAUAUUAUUUGCGAUCACUGGGAGAAGACCCACGAAAGGAUAUUGCAGAUCUUCGAAAACAGUUUCCCCUGCUGGCAAGUGAUAUUCAGAUCCCAGAAUACUUUGAAAAGGAGCAGCUCUUCUCCACUGUUUUUCGUAUAAGCUCAGCAGGAUUACAGCUCUGGACACAUUAUGAUGUAAUGGAUAACUUCUUAAUUCAGGUGACAGGGAAGAAGCGGGUGGUACUAUACAGUCCUCGUGAUGUACCAUAUUUGUAUUUGUCAGGCACAAAAUCUGAAGUUCUAGAUGUGGACAAGCCAGACUUGAAGAAAUAUCCUCUCUUUGUCAAGGCCAAACGUUAUGAAUGUCAGCUGAAAGCAGGAGAUGUAUUGUUCAUUCCAGCUUUGUGGUUCCAUAAUGUGAUUUCUGAAGAGUUUGGAGUUGGAGUCAAUGUUUUCUGGAAACAUCUUCCUUCCAAUUGCUAUGAUAAAACAGACACUUAUGGAAACAAAGAUCUCACAGCUGCCUCAAGAGCUGUACAGAUUUUAGAUAGGGCACUGAAAACUCUAGAAGAGCUACCUGAAGAAUACAGAGACUUCUAUGGACGGAGAAUGGUUUUACGCAUCCAAGAGAAAACGUAUAGCAGGAACUAUGAAUAAAGAGCUCUUUCAAUUUUAA